AAGAAUCAGAGCUAUGGUGGUGUGGUUAAAAAAGUCUAGCUUGGCUAAACCUGUCCUAAAAGAGAAGCAGCGUCUUCUUGGUAAGUGGAAAUCAACAUGGAAUAAACUUAGAGCAAAAUUCCAUGGCUAAAUCAGUUAUUGAACUAUUACUACAAAUACACAACCAGUUUGACAACCACACACACACUGUCUCUCUUUAGGUCUUCCAGAACAUGCUGCUAUGAUGGAGCGAUUUCUGGAGCAGUUCCCUGCCAUCAAGGCAGCCUCCAUGGACCCUCGGUUAAUAAAUCAAUGGAGAAAGACAGGAAUUGUAGAUAAGGAUGGACAUUGAUAUAACCUUAUUCCGUUAUCAAUAUGAUUUAAUGUGCUCUAAAGGCUGCAGUCUAGCUAAUUAAACAUAGAAAAUGUGUAUAUUUUUUCAGACUGGAGAGGCUUUCUGAUGAGGAUUACAGAUAAGCAGAACAGUUUGUCAGAGUUAUGAAGAUCCUCUAUACUUCAACCAUCUGCAUCUCCAGUGAAAGGAGUCCAACUCUGGACCAGAUUCUACCCAUCUUGGGGAAACUCCAGCACCACUUCACAGUUACUGAUGAGGACUCCUCCUUUAUUCAGUCCAUAAAGGAAAAGAUCUGGGAUAACCUCUCAAAAAGAUACCAAGAUGAGAGCAUCAGGCAGUUCUUGGAGGAGGGCACAGCCUUAGACUCAAGAUUCAAGACGAAAGUGGCCGAUGGAGUGUGGAACAGACUAGAGGAGGAGCUGAUGAGCAGGAUCUCACAGCAGAAUAAAGGUGUAAUGACCCAGGCCCAGCAGAUGGAGCAGAACUUCGAAGAGAGUGCUGGUGACCAUGUCGACGACUCGUCUGAUGAAGACUGUACAGCUGCAGGAGCAACAAUGAAGAAGCCAAAGCUCUCUGCCCUUGAGGAGCUGUUUGCUGACGAGGACAUAGCAGUUGAAAUAAGACAAGAGAACACUCUCAGCACCGCAGAGAAGGUUCAGGGGGAGUUACAGGAUUACAGAGGUCUGCCAUCUACCCUAACCUCAGUGAAUCCAGUAAGCUGGUGGUGGAAUGUGAGGGACACUCUGCCAAUGCUAUCAAACUUGGCAACCAGGUAUCUCUGUGUGCAAGCAUCAUCCACACCCUCAGAGCGUACUGCUGGGGACACCAUCAACCAGGAGUGGGCUUGCCUGGGCCUGGGUCUGGGUCUGGGCCUGGGUCUGGGCCUGGGCCUGGGUCUGGGUCUGAGGAAAACCGCCUCCUCAAGCCUGGGCCUGGGUCUGGGCCUGGGUCUGGGCCUGGGUCUGGGUCUGGGCCUGGGCCUGGGCCUGGGCCUGGGUCUGGGCCUGGGCCUGGGUCUGGGCCUGGGUCUGGGUCUGGGCCUGGGCCUGGGCCUGGGUCUGGGCCUGGGCCUGGGUCUGGGCCUGGGUCUGGGCCUGGGCCUGGGCCUGGGUCUGUAG